AUGGCAACAAAAACCUAUAAUCUAUGUCUCCUGAUCGCCCUCUCACUCCUCCAAAUCACCCUCGCCGUCCGAUUCGACGCCACCAACAACGCCUCCUCCACACCGGGCGGCCAGCGCUUCGACCGCGAUAUCGGGAUCCCAUACACCCUCAAAACAAUGCCCGAAAUCGCCAAUUUCAUAUGGAAGUUAUUCCAGCAGCCAAAUGAGGGUGACCGGCGCCACUACCCGGACGACGUCGUAAACGUGAUCAUCCAAGACCUCCAGGACGGCGCCCUCGGCGAAACCGGAGACAACAACGUGUACAUGAGCGCCAAGGGCAUCGAGACGUACCCUCCCGGCGAUGGAGCUAAGUUCAUGUUCACCUCGAUUUUGUACCAUGAGAUGACGCACAUAUUCCAGUGGUCGGGCAAGGGCACGGCCCCCGGGGGCUUGACCGAGGGGGUGGCCGAUUACACCGUGCUGAAGUCACCGUUCUAUGUGGAAGGGUACUCGACGCCUGGGGAGGGAGAGCGGUGGGACGAAGGGUAUGGCGCGACGUCGAGGUUUUUGGAGUAUUGUGACAGUUUGAGAGAAGGGUUCACGCCGGAGCUGAAUAAGAUGAUGAGGGAAGUUUACAAACCGGAGUAUUGGAAGCAGUUGUUAGGGAAAGAUGUUGAUCAGCUUUGGGAAGAAUAUAAGGCUAAGUAUGCUAAAUAA